AUGUAUCAUCAAAAUUCCUCUGAUCACCUGCGCCUCGCGAAUCAGCCCGGAAACGUAGACCAGGAUUCACAACAUGGAUACAUGAACCGCAGCAGCGAGGAGCAGUCAAACCUCAACCACAUUCACAACCACAACCACACCCAAAAUCAGCAUCAUAAUCAAUAUCAUAAUCAAAGUAGCAUCAGCGGCAACCAAAGCCAAGAUGCUCACCCACAUGACAACAAUAACAAUAACAUUCAGACACUGUAUUCCCGGAAUCCAAAUCAACAUGAAAAUGCAUUUGGAACUCAGCAGCAUGCAAAUGAUCAAAGUCUCGAUAUACCAUUCUAUUUCAACCGAAGUUCACAACAAUCUAAACAGAACAACGUUCUAGCGAAAGGGUUGUUCCAAAACAAUUUCAAUUCACACAAUGGCACUAUCUCUGCUCCUGCAACCACUGAGAUGAGUGAUGAUUACUUCUCUUUUGUUGGCCUGGAACCUCUUCAAGAAAGAGAAAACGAGGAUGCGAGGUUCGAUUUUCAAAAUGGGGAAUAUUCACAAGCUGCACCCCAAACUCAAUAUGGAUUCUUUAACCAGAACCAGAAUCAGAACCAGAACCAAAAUUCAGUUCCUUUUUUUGGGUCAGCAAAUGGGGACAAGAAUGCAUUGAGUUCCCAGCCCCAAAUUCCACACAACCUCACCAGAAGCGCGUCUUCGCACGUUCCUUCUCGAACAGCUCGCAGAAGAACGUUUUCUGCACAGAGGCCACACCUCAAAUCAAAUCUUUCCAUGUCUUAUAGCGGUUUUGUGAAUCAAGAUGUCGCAGUGAUGAGUCCCGAAACUAGUAACAACAAUAGCGACGAUGCAAAAAAUAACAAUUAUUCUACAGAUUCUUAUGAACAAGCGUCAAGAAAAAAGAACCGCAAUCCAGGUUUCCGAAUUAAACUCGAUGAUCUAGGUCCCAAGAGCAAAAAGUCAAUGGGACCAAGCACUGGUGGUAGCGUAGGACAUUCCGGAAAUAUGUACGUCAGUCCUGGCGCGAGUCAGAGAAGUGAAAGCGUUCAAAAUACCCCAUCAAUGAGAACAGGCUUCAAAAGCCCAAUACUGGAAAACUUUCAAGUCUACAGCAGUCAUGACAUGUACGGCGGAGAGCUGAUCCUGGCAAUGAGUGCCAGUGCAAAAUUGGAUUUUGGCCAAGAGACUGUCACACCACUAAUGUAUCCUCCUCAAACCGAUAAUCGUGAUUACUUUGGCGAGUAUAGUGAGAUCAGCGCCCCAGGCAAGACUGACUCAUUGCAAAUGUCACAUGAAGCAAUGUACAACUCUUCGAAAAUUGAAAACCACACGGGGUCAUUAUCUACCCAUCUAAAUGCUGGGUACAACGAAUAUGCAAAUUUGAACGACUUUCAAUCUCUGCUUUCAAAGCGCAGCUAUGAUCAGUCUUCCAAUCGCGAUGAAUUCUAUUACGAAAAUGCAAACUCUGAUGAUCACAAGGUAGAGGCUCAAUUCACUCCAGUGGGCUUUGAUGGCUUUUCUGCGACAAAUAUGGCAAGCAGGGAAAACGAAAUGGAGUUUCAAACAUACAAUCAAGGAGAUAAUUCUUUGAAUUACUAUAAUACAAGGAACAUGCUGUAUGGGGAUGGGCAAGAACAGGCCGAGGACGAAAUGUCGUCGCUGCAUGAGCCGAAAUUACAAUACAAAACUCACACUAGUGGACUGAGUCAAAAGAAACUUCUGUCUCCAUUUCGCAAUGAAUUUGAAUUGAACUAUGAGACGUUUAAUGGCAAGAGUGAAGAAGAAUGGCAAGUUUUUCAGAGUGAUGGUACAAAGGGAAACACCAAGGCUAACCCCAAGCCAAAGCUGAAAAAAACAAAGGAGCAGAGCCUGCCUCAAGAAGAUGGUGAUGAUUCAGUUGGCGCAGCCGUCACCAAGAAAAAAGCUGUAAAGGGCACUAUGUGUACCAUAUGUGACAAGUUCAUCUCUCGUGACUAUUCUCGCCACAUGCGUAUUCAUGACCAAUCUGGUAGAUUUCAGUGUGUGUUUCCAGCAGGAUUUUGCAAUCAUAAAUCUAGAAAGUUCAAUCGACCAUAUGAUUACAAAAAGCAUUUGCUCAAUGUGCAUUUCAAAUUUAACGAUUCCAAGGUCAAAUUGGAACCAAAUCUCACAGAAAAGCUUCAUGUGGAGGGUAAAUGUACUGCUUGUGGAGCGAGUUUUGUGGCAUCUGAAUGGCUUGAUGACCAUAUUAUGUCUGAAGAUUUCGACAAAAGAUGUCACAAAUUGCAGGAAAUGAUGACGCAACCACUUAAUGACGUGUUUGCGGGUAGAAGCGGUUAA